AUGUCAACUAAUCAAAUGUUAGCUAUUAAACAAGAAACAAAGACAGUCAUUUCAACUGAACAAUCUCAGAAAUUGAUGCAAACAAUGUUAACAAUGUCAUUUGGGUGUUUAGCAUUUCUUAGGGGCUUAUUUCCUGAUGAAAAUUUUGUUGAUCAAAGGUUUGUUCCAGCAAAGAGCGAAAAAGAUUACAAUAAAAAUUUAACUAGUCAUGCAAAUUCUAUUAAGAUUAAAACUUUAGUCCGCGGAAAAUCUAAUGAUGUUAAUAUGUUGUUAGAUUGGUUAGAGAAAGGUGUAUUUCAAUCAAUUAAAUUGGAAUGUUUAAAGACUUUAAGUUUAGGAAUUUAUUUAAAUGAAAAUGAACCAGCAAAUCUUUGUGAAAAUUAUAUUUUUAAUUUUGAAUAUUUUGAAAAUAAUUCAGUUCAGUUAAAAUUAGAUUCAAAUAUUAAAAAUAAUUUAAAUAAUAGUAAUAGUACUAUUUCUUUAUUAGAUUCAAGAAAGAUGGCUCAACAAUUAAUGAGAAGGUUUAUCAUAAUUACACAAUCUUUAGAACCACUACCUCAAAAGAAAUUUUUAUCAAUGAGAUUACUAUUUAAUGAUAAUGCUAAAGAUGAUUUUCAACCUGAAUUUUUUAAAGAUGCAUCAUUUGAUAAAAGGGCAACCUUAAAAGUCCCAAUUGAUACGUCUUUAUCAACUUUUGUAGCUGGAACUUUAAAUACUAAUCAUCAUAAUUUAAAGAUGAACGUUUAUUCAACAGUAAUCAAUGAAAAUAAUAACAGUAAUAAUAAUGAAUUGAAUACUUUAAAGGAAGAAAAUGAUUUUAUGAUAAUCGAUCCCUUUGAAAUUGAAGCAGAAAAUGAUACUGAUACUUUACAACAAAAAGUUAUAGAUAACUCUCAAAGUCGAACUACAAAUAUGUUGGGGAAAUUCUUACAAUCCACUCAACCAAGAAUGGAAGAGACUCAAAUUGUAAUAAAAGAUUACGGUAAUAACUUGGAAGAUAAGAAAUCAAAAACAGUUAAUUGCGAUUGUCAGGUUUCAUGUCACAUAUCAGCUACUUCGAUUAAACAUUGCAAAACAUGUGGUAGAUACGUUCAUGGAAUAUGUUACGGUAAUUAUCAUAGAGAAAAGAUACCAAAAUGUUUUAAUUGUAUUCUAGGUAAAUCCUUCGGUUAUUCUUCAAAUGAGUUUAAAGAUUUAAUGGCAGCCAGAAAAUGUUUUAGAUAUCUAGUUAGACUUCAAAAAAUACCAACUAGCGUAUCCUCUAUUGUUGAAGAUUUGGUUACCGAUGAACCAAUUACUGACGAAAUAAAAGAACGUUUUGCUUUUAUCUUUUCAUUAUUCCUAUAUGAUGAAAUAAUCAUUAUUAACAAUGAACAAGAACAAAAACAUAUUUCAUCUUCCGUAAGAUGUCGAACCGCAACAAUGACAUUUGAUAUUCCCAAUAUUAAAACUCCUUUCUCAACUGCUAUAGAUCCUCAUAAAAAUUAUUCUAUUAAAUUUAUUUGUAACACAGACAGCACACAUGCAUGUUACGGUGAAGUGAUUCCUGAAAGUACCAAACAAGUCAACGAUUGGCUAAGAGAAAUCUCAGAACUUAAAGAUAAAAUAAUUGAUAACUUACCUGAUUCAUGUGAUAUCACUAAAUUGAUUGUUCAAGAUACUGAUACGCAAGACAGGGUUAGUGUAGGAGAACGAAAGAGAAAGAAUUUAGAUUUGGAAGAAUAUUUACAAGAUGAACAAAGUUCAAUCAUUAAAUAUUCAUUACCUCCUCAAGUCCUUCCUCCAAAGAAAGUUCAAAAGAUUAGUAUCUCAAAGAAAUCAUUAAAAAGUGAUUGGUGA